UUCAUUUUGUAGUCUCAGUCGGUAGAAUGAGACUGCGGUGUUUUGUAAAAUAAGCUUGAAAUAUCAACAAAUUAGUUGGGGAAAUUUUCUUACCUAGGAAUUAGAAUUGUGAAGAGUAUAAAAUAACCGUAUUAGCGCUAGAAAUUACUGCAGGACAGUGUUUCAAACAUGGGUUGCACACUCAGCGCGGAGGACAAAGCUGCCGUCGAACGGAGUAAAAUGAUCGAUAAAAACCUUCGUGCCGACGGCGAGAGGGCCGCAAGAGAAGUGAAGUUAUUACUUUUAGGUGCUGGUGAAUCCGGUAAAAGUACAAUUGUGAAACAAAUGAAAAUUAUUCAUGAAAGUGGUUAUUCACCAGAAGAAUGCUUACAGUAUAAACAAGUUGUAUAUAGCAACACCAUACAAUCAAUGAUUGCCAUUAUUAGGGCAAUGGGAACGUUGAAGAUUGAUUUUGCUCAGACAGACCGAGCUGACGAUGCUAGAAAUCUAUUUGCUCUAUCAGGUGGUAUGGAUGAUGUUGAUUUUAAUGAUCAAAUAGUAUCAUUAAUGAAGCGGCUAUGGAGUGAUUCUGGUGUACAAGCUUGCUUUGGAAGAGCAAGGGAAUACCAGCUGAAUGAUUCUGCACAAUAUUACCUCAAUGCUCUCGACCGGUUGGGCUCAAAAGAUUAUUUACCAACAGAACAAGAUGUGCUAAGAACAAGAGUUAAAACAACUGGCAUUGUGGAGACACAUUUUACUUUCAAAGAUUUGCACUUCAAAAUGUUUGAUGUUGGUGGACAAAGGUCAGAAAGGAAGAAGUGGAUUCAUUGUUUUGAAGGCGUGACUGCCAUAAUUUUCUGUGUAGCACUGAGUGCUUACGAUCUAAUGUUGGCUGAGGACGAUGAAAUGAACCGUAUGAUGGAAAGUAUGAAACUUUUCGAUUCAAUUUGUAACAACAAAUGGUUCACGGAAACUUCGAUUAUACUUUUCCUGAACAAGAAAGAUCUGUUUGCCGAGAAGAUCACAAAGUCGCCUUUGUCAAUCUGCUUCCAAGAAUAUACUGGCUCAAAUACGUACGAAGAAGCUGCGGCGUAUAUUCAACUACAGUUUGAAAACCUGAAUAAACGAAAGGAUACGAAAGAGAUUUACACUCAUUUCACUUGUGCAACAGAUACUAACAAUAUUCAGUUCGUUUUCGACGCAGUUACAGAUGUUAUCAUUAAGAACAACCUCAAGGACUGUGGGCUCUUUUAAUCCUAAACUAGAGUUUUAAUAGACAGAGCUGAUGUACAACACAAGAACAGAAUAGAUGUUAUUUUAUGCAAUGGUCUAUCAGUGAUCAGAAGAACUUUAUUGGAACUGAGUUUGUCUGGACGACACAACAUUUGAGUGAAUGUUGUUUUAUCUCAGGCAUCGUAUAUGAUUCAUCACAUUAUCGCAUACAUGAAAACAAUAGUAUAUAUAUAUAUAUAUAUAUAUAUAUAAACUGUACAAGUUAUAUAUGGUAGAUCCGAAGUAUUAGAUGUUUUGAUUAAUGCGAGAUAACUAUUGCUCAUAAGAUUUAUAUAUAUAAAUCAACUUUAUUAUUAGAUCAAUAUGGUAUUAUACUUUUUCAGCGUAUACUUAAGUCAUGAAGUGCUUGGGGCGCCGGAUAAGGCUAAGAGCUGUGGGGUGAACCUCGAAGAGCCCCAAAUUGUAUCGAAAAAGUGAAGGAUCCAAACUUAGAUGAUUUUCACAUGACGUCGGCUGUGUUGGUGUAUAACUUCAAAGGGUUGUUAUCGACUAAGUCAAAUUUAUAAUUUUACACGUUUUGUGAAAGACUAAAUGUAAAGUUCUGACCAUCAAAUCAUGGAUUUUCUUUUCAAGUUUUGCAUCAAUAUGGCAACACAUGCAUGAUGUAAUUAGAUUACUAACCGUGCCAUUCCCACGAAUGACAUGGUUCGUGAUAAUCUAAAACACUACAACAUAGUGGAUCUAUGCACCAGCAUGUUUGAUGUAUAUACUGAAAUCGUCAGUUGUAGGGUAUCUAUGUUGGCUCUGUUGACUGAAGACUGUUUGGUCUUCGUGACAUCCGGCGUUCCCUAGCCGUUAAUCAUAAAAUAGUACGUAUUGUGAACACUUGGCUAGUCAUUGGUUGGACCAGUGAACUACAGUAUAUUUAAACUAGACUUUUUGUGUUGUGGUAUUUUGAUAAGAACAAUGGGAGACUUGUUGGUUGGUUCGUCUUAGAAAUUCGAAUGAUUUCUUUUAUUUAAUAACUCGUACAUGAUACAAUUGGAUGUAAAAAGUAAAUAGAAUCAAAUAAACUUCCUGUGAAAAAGUGCAAUGUUAUUAACUCAUAGCUGCGAACCUUCCCGGUAACUCUACUCAUCUACUGAUCUGCCUGAGAAUGAAAAAUCAGCCUUAUCAGCUUUUGGGUAUUGCUCUACAGUGCAUUUGUCCCAAAAAAGUACUCUUAACAAAAGAAUGAUUUCAAUAGAGCGUACUUAUUUUGGAACAUCCUGUAUGAUUUGCAACUUAGGGUCAAUGAAUACAUUCUAUUAAGGCGUGGGAUAACCCAUCUCGUACUAAAUACGAGAUUCUAAUUGCUCAAUUAUUUUAUAAUUUUAACUUCAGCUAGUCUCUUCCCUUUUGUGAAGGGAUGUGUGGCGGUUUACGCCUGUACUGUAUGUAGGCAGAAAAGAAAU